CCGACUCGACUAAUUGGCUGGCUUCCCUUCGUCUGAUCCUCGCUCCACUACUACCUCCUCGCUCCCUGAGCUCGCCUAGUCUCGCUCCUCGUUGACGUGAACCUCCUCAGUGUAUCUCACGCUUCAGUCUGCUGCUCCUUGCCGGCUUACAGACAAAGUCAGGACCGAUAUCAAGACAGCUAGACCAGAGCUCGCAUCUUCCGAUUCCGCUACGAUUACCUCGAGCUCGAUGGCGCCUAGCACAGUCGUUGUGGACGAGAGCGGGGGAACAAAGCUCCCCAUCUAUUCCGCCCCCUCCGAACCCCUUCGCGUAAUCGAGACUCAAACCCGUCUAGAGCAACACGUCGGUGAAGCUCGUCGUGCCCUCGCCUCCUCUACCGAAUCUCUUCGUAAAUCAGUACAUGAGAAUGUUAGCAGUUGGAUUGGAGUAGAGAGGAGAGUGGAGAGAAAAGUGUUGGAGAUCAUCCCGGAUGAUGAGCCUUUGAGUCCGGGGUUGAUCUAUGUUGGUGUGGCCACUCUUGCGGGGAGUGUAUUUGGACGCUAUCGCUCCUUCCCCAUCCGUUUCCUCUCCCCACCCCUCUUCCUCCUCGGCUCCCUCAACUACUUCCUCCCCAAAACCUCUCACAACCUCUCCCUCUACUACCAACAAGUAGAAUCCGCCCAUCUCCCUCCAAUCAUAAAAGAACAGCGGGAGUCCCUGGUCAAGAGUGCUAAGAGCUUGUGGAGACAGGCGGAUGAUAAGGCUCAUGUGGCUGCUAGAAAGGUAGAGGGCGGGUGGAAGGGAGGAUUGGAAAAGGUGCAGGAGGGGACCGGAUUGAAGAUUGCGCCGACGAGGGAGGUAGUGGUGGAGCAUAGGGCACCACCGGGGACGAAGGAGGCGAGGCAGACCUGAGAGGAUUGAAGAGGGAGAAAAGAGGAGGGGGGCCCAGCAUAGGGGACAGCGGAUUGGAUCUGGCACCUCCUUGUCACUUGCACGAUCGAUAGCCAUGGCCAUCGUUCCCCUCGGAGCGAGAAGGCAUUGUCACCUCGGUCUUGUACCAGAGCGCAGAGCAGAGCAAUACACAAGACGACCCAACCCAAAUGUUCGCCUACAGAAUCAUUUCGUCAGAGACUGGAGGCGAGCAAUUGCCAGAGCAUGCAUGCAGAGCAGUCGUAUCAAGCAAGCGAGGAGACAAAGAGAAGAAUGCAAAUCGUAUUUACCGC